UCAGGCAUCGUGGUACAACUGCUUUGAAGAAGAUGAAAAAUAAGUAGAAUCGACCGUGCUAUGUAUACAAUAUGUACGAAGAACCGAAGAUUGUGUAGCGAUAGACAAAGACGAACAAUCCGUGUGUACUUUGACCUUCUUGAGCUUGCCUUGCUGCUGCGUUCUUUGACCAACAUCGUGCGCCCCCGGCCCCCCCAAAUACACCUUCCAGCGUGCGCGCGAGCCUCAUGUCGCAGGUUGGUAGCAGGGCUCUGCGCGAGUUGGUCGAUCCAUGUACCAUCACCCACAUCGAUGAUGGUGAUAUGAAGGUGAUAUUGACCGAGUGCGAGGUGUCGUUUGGGUGACCCUAACAGUUUAGUUCAAC